AAUGUAUAACUAUAUGAAUGCAUCCAUUGUUUGUAAAUUUAUGAAUCGCUCGACAAAUAAUGUAUUGUCAGUGAUGUCUGACUUACCGCUAAUUAAUAACGAGGACAACGGCCUCCUAGGACUCGGCGACCAUCAUCUGAAUCACGUGUCCAUCAACAACAACAACAACAUUAACGACAAUCAUAGUCACGGCGGUCUACACGACGACGGCAUCGGUGACGUGUGUCGCGACUUUUUGCGCAAUGUUUGCCGUCGGGGAAAUGCCUGUCGUUUCCGACAUCCGGACCCAUCGGAAGCGGAAGAGUUGGGCAAAAAGAUUGAAUACAUCUUCUGUCACGACUACCAGAAUCGUGAGUGUCGUCGACAGAACUGUCGUUUCUUGCAUUGUACCAAACAAGAGGAAGAGGUUUACCGAUCGACUGGCAAAUUGCCGCAACACGUGUUGGACAAAAUGGCACAAAAUAAGGCCUCGGAAAUGAUGCAACAGUCGAAUGUAAUGUCGACAUCGAUGAUGGUGACCAAUGUUCCCGUUUGUAAGGAUUAUUUGAAAGGCGAGUGCCGUCGCGGUCCCGGCCGAUGUAAGUUUCGACACGUGUCGCAGUCCGAGUACGAUAUGGAAAUGCAAGCGCGCGGCGGCGCUAAUAAUCACUCGUCGAGUGGUGGCGGCGGCAGCAGCGGUGGCGGACAUCACGGGUCGUCCCGUUACGAUGGGCCGCACCCGGCGUCGCGCAAUCCAAUGCAUAACUCGUUUAAUGCCUCCUUUAACGACAACUUUUCGCCGCCCGAACCGAAACGCCGCGCGUACGACACAAGCGCCGCAUACAAUACGAACAGCUUUGCUCCGUACGGCGAUCGCGGUGGACAGGGCGGCGGAAAUGUUGCCGGACUCGGCGGCCUACAGGGCAUGAACAACAACAGUGCGCACGACUUUGACUACGGGUCGAGCAGUGGCCGCGCAAUGCAUGGGCCGAACGCGAGCGCAGGUCUGGCCCAGAAUGCUAUGUAUUCUUCCGCCCGAUAUCUGGAGGAAGAGAACGCAGCGCUGCGACGACGUAUCGACGAGCUUAAGAAACAGGUGGCCGACCUCAUGGCCACAAACGAGUUUCUCUUAGAGCAAAACGCACAGUUGCGCGCUAUCGGCAAGGCUGGUCAGGUACAAUCACAGCCAGCGGCACCCGUGGUCUCAAUGGCGCCACCAUUGCCGCCGAUGUCUACUUCCGAUCUGAUGGGCCAACAGCGACAGCCCGAUUUAGCUGCCGUUAGCACAGCGUUAGUUACCAACGCUUUAGUGCCCGCGGCCUCUCUCGGCAUACAGCCAACCGCCAUAACCAGUCUACCCAUAUCGUCAAUAGCAUCGAUGUCAUUGCCCACCAGCGUAUCGCUAAGCAGUUCCGCGCCGCUCGUCAGUUACCCGAUCAUUACCACACAAUCGAUGCGACCCACGAUCAUGACUCACUCGUUAGGCCACUGACUCGUUCGGCAUUAUAUAAUAACUGACGUAUCGCAGCACCGGUAGAUUUUCCCAAAGAGAUACACCGAUUAAUACAUACAUAACUGUCGAUUCCUUUAAUGUAUAAAAUAAUAUUACAUUUAUAACAUAUAAUGUCCCACAAAUGUAUCCAUUCAUAUUUAUAAU